UCCGCACAAAUUGAUACUUGGUGCAGGCAGAUUUUAGUGUAAAUUGAAAGAAAGAGCUGCAAAAAUGGCUCAACCCAGCAACUCCGGUGGUGGAGUUGACAACACAUUUCGAAAAAAGUUUGACAGAGAGGAGUAUUUGCAACGAGCUCGCGCGCGCGAAGAGAAGGAGGCGGAGGCUGGGAAAAGAACAAAAUCAAGUGGUCCGCCAGUGCAAAGGAAACCAUUGAAGCACAGAGAUUAUGAAGUGGAUCUUGAAUCACGAUUGGGGAAGACUCAGGUUGUGACUCCAAUUGCACCACUUAGUCAGCAGGCUGGAUACUACUGCUCAGUUUGUGAAUGUGUAGUAAAAGAUUCCGCAAACUACUUGGACCAUAUAAAUGGAAAGAAGCAUCAACGAGCUUUGGGUAUGUCUAUGCGGUCUGAAAGGGCAACCUUGGAGCAGGUGAAGGACCGCUUUGAGGUUCUCAAGAAGCGAAAAGAUACUGGAGGCUUUACAGAGCAAGAUUUCGAUGAAAGGAUAUUGAAACAGCAACAAGAAGAGGAGGAAAGAAAGCGUCAGCGUAGAGAGAAAAAGAAAGAGAAGAAGAAAGAGAAGACAGUAGUAGAGGAAGAACCUGAGAUCGACCCUGAUGUUGCAGCUUUGAUGGGAUUUGGAGGUUUCGGUUCUUCUAAAAAAUGAUCUCGUCGCCUCAUAUUUAUUUUACUCUAAUGAUUAUUUGUCCCCAAACAUUGUAGCAAAUAGUUAUACAAGGAAUAUGGCCUGGUUUCGGCGGUCGGUGGGUUAAUAUAGUUUGUUGUUUUAUUGAGUUCCUCUAAUCACUGUUGGUAAACUAAAUCAGACAAGUAAAAAUACUUUUAUUUCUAGAUUGUCCCCUACUUCUUUGAUGAUUACGGGUAUAUAAUAUUUAUUUGACUUUGAAGU